UAGUUUCCGCACAGUUCUAUGCUACACUACAGCAGCAGAAACAGGCGGAGCACCUUCUUGAUACAUUCGUUGCACAAUUUUGGAGCUUCCCCGACUUAAAACUUGAUUUCUCUCAGAGGUUUUACACAUUUCCUCUAAAUAAAAGAAGAUGGCGCAGUGGUGCCAGCUCCAGAUGCUCGACUGUAAGUACCUGGAGCAGGUGGACCAGCUGUACGAUGACUCGUUCCCCAUGGACAUCCGUCAGUACCUGAGCAGGUGGAUCGAGAGCAUCGACUGGGACACGGUCGCCUUCCAGGACUCGCUGGCCACCGUUCGCUUCCACGACCUCCUGGCUCAGCUGGACGACCAGCACAGCCGCUUCGCCCUGGAGAACAACUUCCUGCUGCAGCACAACAUCCGCAAGAUCAAGAGGAACCUGCAGGACCGGUUCCAGGAAGAUCCGGUCAGCAUGGCCAUGAUCAUCUCCAGGAACCUGAAGGAGGAGCAGAAGAUUCUGGCCACCGCCAAGAGCAUCGAGCAGGAGGGAGAGGGGACGGUGUCGGCCAUGGUGGUGGAGAAACAGAAGCUGGACAACAAAGUGAAGGAGCUGAGAGAGCGAGUCCAGGUGGCGGAUCAGAACAUCAAGAACCUGGAAGAUCUGCAGGACGAGUACGACUUCAAGGUCAACACGCUGAAGAACAGAGAGAAUGAAAUGAACGGCAUGACGCCGAAGGAGCUGGAGAAGGAGAAGCUGAUGGUCGGGAGGAUGUGCUUCGACCUGAAAGCCAAGCGACAGGACGUGGUGAUCCAGCUGACCGACCUGCUGAACGUCACCCAGGCGUUGCUGUCCGACCUGAUCUCAGAGGAGCUGCCCGAGUGGAAGCAGCGGCAGCAGAUCGCCUGUAUCGGAGGUCCGCCGAACGCCUGCGUGGACCAGCUGCAGAACUGGUUCACGGCAGUGGCAGAGUCUCUCCAGCAGGUCCGUCAGCACCUGAAGAAGCUGCAGGAGUUGGAGCAGAAGUUCACGUACGACAGCGACCCCAUCACACAGAAGAAGGCGUACCUGGAGGCCCGCGCCCUGGAGCUCCUCAAGAACCUCCUCUCCAACUCCCUGGUUGUGGAGCGGCAGCCCUGCAUGCCCACCCACCCUCAGAGACCCCUGGUGCUGAAAACAGGCGUCCAGUUCACCGUGAAGCUGCGAUUUCUGGUGAAGCUGCAGGAGUUUAAUUACCAGCUCAAAGUCAAAGCUGUGUUUGACAAAGACGUGACAGAGAAGAAAGGGUUUCGUAAGUUCAACAUUUUGGGAACAAACACCAAAGUGAUGAACAUGGAGGAGUCGAACGGCAGCCUGGCAGCCGAGUUCAGACACCUGCAACUGAAGGAGCAGAAAGUGGCCGGCAACCGAACAAACGAGGGUCCUCUGAUCGUCACCGAGGAGCUUCACUCGCUCAGCUUCGAGUCCGAGCUGCAGCUCAACCAGUCGGGACUCGACAUCAAACUGGAGGCCAUGUCUCUGCCGGUGGUGGUCAUCUCUAACGUCUGUCAGCUGCCCAGCGGCUGGGCCUCCAUCCUCUGGUACAACAUGCUGACCACCGAGCCCAAGAACCUGAAGUUCUUCCUCUCCCCUCCGGCGGCGAAGUGGUCUCAGCUGUCGGAGGUCCUCAGCUGGCAGUUCUCCUCCGUCACCAAGCGAGGCCUGAACGAGGAGCAGCUCAACAUGCUGGCUGACAAACUGCUCGGAGCCAAAGCUCAGAGGAACCCGGAGGGGCAGAUCCCCUGGACCAAGUUCUGCAAGAGUGCCAACGAGAAAGCGUUCCCCUUCUGGCUCUGGAUCGAAGGAAUCCUGGACGUGAUUAAGAGACACCUGCUCUCCCUCUGGAACGACGGCUCCAUCAUGGGCUUCAUCAGCAAAGAGAGGGAGAAGGCUCUGCUGACCGACAAGUGUCCCGGCACCUUCCUGCUCCGGUUCAGCGAGAGCAGCAGGGAGGGCGCCAUCACCUUCACCUGGAUCGAGCACGACGUGUUUGACAAGCCGGUGUUCCACUCGGUGGAGCCGUACACCAAGAAGGAGCUGUCCGCCGUCUCCCUGCCCGACAUCAUCCGCACCUACAAGGUGAUGGCCGCCGAGAACAUCCCCGAGAACCCGCUGCGCUUCCUCUACCCCGACAUCCCGAAAGACAAGGCCUUCGGGAAGUACUACCCCAAACUCACAGAGACUCCAGAGCCCAUGGACGUGGAGAACCCGGCGAGGACGGGCUACAUGAAGACGGAGCUCAUAUCGGUCUCAGAAGUACAUCCGUCCAGGCUGCAGGACAACAUGAUGCCGAUGUCCCCCGACGACUACAAAGCUCUGUCCAAGUACGUCAGCCCCCGAGACAUCGACGCCGUGGCCAACAAUCUGAUAACAGGAUUUGGAGAGUUUGACAUUCAGAUGAGCGCAGAGUUUGAGGAGCAAAACUGAGGACGACAGUUUCCAUCCUGGUCUUCACACUGUACUCUUCCUUCAGAGCCUUUUGUUUCUUUAGAUCUCGGUCAAUCAUGUAAUAUGCUCUUAAACCUCUUAUUCUUUUCCGGCUGUGGGAUCUGAGAACCUUUUUGAGUUUGGAUACGGGUCGGUACCAGAACGUUGGAGAGAUAAUAAAGCCCCAGUUGAACCGGAUUAACGUCACAGAAGGAACGUUCACUUUGCCGUAAGUAGCUUGCACAUUGCGCAGGAAAAAUCCAAACAUGGAAAACAUGUUGACACUUCAGAACCUGCCUGAGAAUCUUCAGGUUUUUAAGUGUCCUUCAGGAUCAAAAGAAUCCAGUGUUAGUUGUCAGUACGCGCAUGAGUACACAGGAAACAGGACCUGCUAAUUGUUGAUUCGGCAUGAUUCUGAUGCCAAAAUGGAACAAAUUUGACACAUUUCAGGAGGUUUUCGCUCUCCUGAUGGCUUUAUUUGACUCUGUCAUCGUAAUGAUUACCAAAAAGCUCCCCUGCUAGUGUGAGCAUGUUUUCUAAGGUGCUCUUAAAAAAUGAAUCCAGUCUGAAUGGGGCUUAAAACAAGCCGAGACCGUCUGUCACUUUAUUCAUGUACAUAUAUUUCGCAAAACUGUAAAACAGCGACAAGUUAGAAUGUGAUCCUGCUAUACGAUGAAAACAAGCUGAUUCAUAGGAAACUUUGUCCAGAGUUUCAUUUAAUGUUUGUGGGGAAAGAAAAAAAAUAAUCGUGUGUUUGUCGUUUGUCUUUAGCUUUAAUUUCCACAAGUGAUGUAACAGCAGGCAAAUAAACUCCAUCAUGACGUCUUGA